CCGCCGCUCUCCUGGCCUCGCAUUGCACAUUCUCUCCUGGCGGCGGCGCCACCUGCAGUAGCGUUCGCCGGAACAUGGCGACACCGAGCAGCAGGAGGGAGUCGCGACUCUUCCUAUUCACCCUGGUCGCGCUGCUGCCGCCCGUGGCUCUCUGCGAGGUCUGGACGCAGACGCUACACGGCGGCCGCUCGCCCUUGCCCCAGGACCGGGGCUUCCUCGUGGUGCAGGGCGACGCGCGCGAGCUGCGGCUGUUGGCGCGCGGGGACACCCAGGGGGCGGACGGGAAGCAGCUCCGGAGGAGACGGAGCGCUGCUCUGCACCCCGAGCCCAUCAAGGUGUACGGACAGGUUAGUCUGAAUGAUUCCCACAAUCAGAUGGUGGUACACUGGGCGGGAGAGAAAAGCAACGUGAUCGUGGCUUUAGCCCGAGACAGCCUGGCAUUGGCAAGGCCCAAGAGCAGUGAUGUGUACGUGUCUUACGACUAUGGAAAGUCAUUCCAGAAAAUUUCAGCAAAGUUAAACUUUGGUGUGAGAAAUGGCAGUGAAGCUGUGAUCGCCCAGUUCUACCACAGUCCUGCAGACAACAAGCGUUACAUCUUUACAGAUGCUUAUGCCCAGUACCUCUGGAUCACGUUUGACUUCUGCAACACUAUUCAAGGCUUUUCCAUCCCAUUCCGGGCAGCUGAUCUCCUUUUGCAUAGUAAGGCCUCCAAUCUUCUCCUGGGCUUUGACAGGUCUCACCCCAACAAGCAGCUGUGGAAGUCAGAUGAUUUUGGCCAGACCUGGAUCAUGAUUCAAGAACAUGUGAAGUCCUUUUCCUGGGGAAUUGAUCCCUAUGAUAAGCCAAACACCAUAUACAUUGAACGGCAUGAACCCUCUGGUUACUCUACAGUUUUCCGAAGUACAGACUUCUUCCAGUCUCGGGAGAACCAGGAAGUAAUCCUCGAGGAAGUGAGAGACUUUCAGCUUCGGGACAAAUACAUGUUUGCUACAAAGGUUGUGCAUCUCUUGGGCAGUCAACAUCCACCUUCCGUGCAGCUUUGGGUUUCUUUUGGCCGAAAGCCCAUGCGAGCAGCCCAGUUUGUCACAAGACAUCCUAUUAAUGAAUAUUACAUCGCAGAUGCCUCUGAGGACCAGGUAUUUGUGUGUGUCAAUCAUGGUAACAACCGCACCAACUUACACAUCUCAGAGGCAGAGGGGCUGAAGUUCUCCCUGUCCUUGGAGAACAUACUCUAUUAUAGCCCAGGAGGGGCUGGCAGUGACACCCUGGUGAGGUAUUUUGCAAAUGAACCAUUUGCUGACUUCCACCGCGUAGAAGGAUUACAAGGAGUCUACAUUGCUACUUUGAUUAAUGGCUCCAUGAAUGAAGAGAACAUGAGAACAGUCAUCACCUUUGACAAAGGGGGGACCUGGGAAUUUCUUCAGGCUCCAGCCUUCACGGGAUAUGGAGAAAAAAUAAGUUGUGAGCUCUCCAAGGGCUGUUCCCUCCACCUGGCCCAGCGGCUCAGUCAGCUCCUCAACCUCCAGCUCCGGAGGAUGCCCAUUCUAUCGAAGGAGUCGGCUCCUGGUCUCAUCAUUGCUACCGGUUCAGUGGGAAAGAACUUAGCAAGCAAGAUGAACGUGUACAUCUCGAGCAGUGCCGGAGCCCGGUGGCGAGAGGCACUUCCUGGACCUCACUACUAUACUUGGGGAGACCAUGGCGGCAUCAUCAUGGCUAUCUCCCAGGGCAUGGAAACCAAUGAGUUGAAAUACAGUACCAAUGAAGGGGAGACCUGGAAAACAUUCAUCUUCUCCGAGAAGCCAGUGUUUGUGUAUGGGCUCCUUACAGAACCUGGUGAGAAGAGCACUGUCUUCACCAUCUUUGGCUCCAGCAAAGAGACUGUCCACAGCUGGCUGAUCCUCCAAGUCAAUGCCACGGAUGCCCUGGGGGUUCCCUGCACAGACAAUGACUACAAGCUGUGGUCACCAUCUGAUGAGCGGGGCAACGAGUGUUUGCUAGGACACAAGACUGUUUUUAAGCGGAGGACCCCUCAUGCAACGUGCUUUAAUGGAGAAGACUUUGACAGGCCAGUGGUCGUGUCCAACUGCUCCUGCACCCGAGAGGACUAUGAAUGUGACUUCGGCUUCAAGAUGAGUGAAGAUUUGUCACUAGAGGUUUGUGUUCCCGAUCCAGAGUUUUUUGGGAAAUCAUACUCCCCUCCUGUGCCUUGUCCAGUGGGUUCUACUUACAGGAGAACAAGAGGCUAUCGGAAGAUUUCUGGGGACACUUGUAGUGGAGGAGAUGUUGAAGCACGACUGGAAGGAGAACUGGUCCCCUGUCCCUUGGCAGAGGAGAACGAAUUCAUCCUAUAUGCUAUGCGGAAGUCCAUCCACCGCUAUGACCUAGCCUCAGGAGCCACUGAGCAGUUGCCUCUCAUUGGGUUGCGGGCAGCAGUGGCCCUAGACUUUGACUAUGAGCACAACUGCUUGUAUUGGUCUGACCUGGCCUUGGAUAUCAUCCAGCGCCUCUGUUUGAAUGGGAGUACAGGGCAAGAGGUGAUCAUCAGUUCUGGCCUGGAGACAGUAGAAGCCUUGGCCUUUGAACCUCUCAGCCAGUUACUUUACUGGGUGGAUGCUGGCUUUAAAAAGAUUGAGGUAGCUCAUCCCGAUGGUGACUUCCGACUCACCAUCGUCAAUUCCUCUGUGCUUGAUCGGCCCAGAGCUCUGGUCCUCAUGCCGCAGGAGGGGGUGAUGUUCUGGACUGACUGGGGAGACCUGAAGCCUGGUAUUUAUCGUAGCAAUAUGGAUGGUUCUGCUGUCCGUCGCCUUGUGUCCGAGGAUGUGAAAUGGCCCAAUGGCAUCUCCGUGGAUGACCAGUGGGUCUACUGGACAGAUGCCUACCUGGACUGCAUUGAGCGUAUCACUUUUAGCGGCCAGCGGCGCUCGAUUAUCCUGGACAACCUCCCACAUCCCUACGCCAUUGCUGUCUUUAAGAAUGAAAUCUACUGGGAUGACUGGUCACAGCUUAGCAUAUUCCGAGCUUCCAAAUACAGUGGGUCUCAGAUGGCAAUUCUGGCAAGCCAGCUCACAGGGCUGAUGGACAUGAAGAUAUUCUACAAGGGGAAGACAACCGGAAGCAAUGCCUGUGUGCCCAGGCCAUGCAGCCUACUCUGCCUGCCUAAGGCCAACAACAGUAAGAGCUGCAGGUGUCCAGAGGGUGUGUCCAGCAGUGUCCUCCCAUCUGGGGACCUGAUGUGUGAAUGCCCUCAGGGCUAUCAGCUGAGGAACAACACCUGUGUCAAAGAAGAGAACACUUGUCUCUUCAACCAGUAUCGCUGCAGCAACGGGAAUUGUAUCAACAGCAUUUGGUGGUGUGACUUUGACAACGACUGUGGGGACAUGAGUGAUGAGAGAAAUUGCCCUACUACCAUUUGUGAUCUGGAUACCCAGUUCCGUUGCCAGGAGUCUGGGACCUGUAUCCCACUGUCCUACAAAUGUGAUCUUGAAGAUGACUGUGGAGACAACAGCGAUGAAAGUCACUGUGAAAGGCACCAGUGCCGGAAGGAUGAGUACAACUGCAGCUCUGGCAUGUGCAUCCGCUCCUCCUGGGUGUGUGAUGGGGACAACGACUGCAGGGACUGGUCUGAUGAAGCCAACUGUACUGCCAUCUAUCAUACCUGUGAGGCCUCCAACUUCCAGUGUCAUAAUGGGCACUGCAUCCCUCAGCGCUGGGCAUGUGAUGGUGACAUGGAUUGCCAAGAUGGUUCUGAUGAGGAUCCAAUCAACUGUGAGAAGAAGUGCAACGGAUUCCGCUGCCCGAAUGGCACCUGCAUCCCAUCUAGCAAACACUGUGAUGGUCUGCAGGAUUGCUCAGAUGGCUCAGAUGAGCAGCACUGUGAGCCCCUCUGCACACGCUUCAUGGACUUCGUGUGUAAGAACCGCCAGCAGUGCCUAUUUCACUCCAUGGUGUGUGAUGGGAUUAUCCAGUGUCGAGAUGGAUCAGAUGAGGAUGCAGCAUUUGCAGGAUGCUCCCAAGACCCUGAGUUCCACAAGGUUUGUGAUGAGUUCAGUUUCCAGUGUCAGAAUGGAGUGUGCAUCAGUUUGAUUUGGAAAUGCGAUGGGAUGGAUGACUGCGGCGACUACUCCGAUGAAGCCAACUGUGAAAACCCCACAGAACUCCCAAACUGUUCCCGGUACUUCCAGUUCCAGUGUGAGAAUGGCCACUGCAUUCCAAAUAGGUGGAAGUGUGACAGGGAGAAUGACUGCGGGGACUGGUCUGAUGAGAGAGACUGUGGAGAUUCACAUAUUCUUCCCUCCCCCACUCCUGGGCCCUCUACGUGUCCACCUAAUUACUACCGCUGCAGCAGUGGGGCCUGUGUGAUGGACAGCUGGGUAUGUGAUGGGUACCGAGAUUGUGCAGAUGGCUCGGAUGAGGAAGUCUGCCCCUCACCUGCAAAUGUUACUGCUGCUUCCACUCCCACACAGCUUGGGCGGUGUGACCGAUUUGAAUUCGAGUGCCACCAACCAAAGAAAUGUAUCCCCAACUGGAAGCGCUGUGAUGGCCAUCAAGAUUGCCAGGAUGGUCAGGAUGAGGCCAAUUGUCCCACACAUAGCACUUUGACCUGUAUGAGCAGAGAGUUCAAGUGUGAGGACAGUGAGACCUGCAUCCUGCUCUCUGAACGCUGUGACGGCUUCCUAGACUGCUCUGAUGAGAGUGACGAGCAGGCCUGCAGUGAUGAAUUAACUGUAUACAAAGUACAGAAUCUUCAGUGGACAGCUGACUUCUCUGGGGAUGUAACUUUGACCUGGAUGCGGCCCAAGAAAAUGCCUUCUGCUUCUUGUGUAUAUAAUGUCUACUACAGGGUGGUUGGAGAGAGCAUAUGGAAGAGUCUGGAGAGCCACAGCAAUAAAACAAACAUGGUAUUAAAAGUCUUAAAGCCCGAUACCACAUAUCAGGUGAAAGUCCAGGUCCAGUGUCUGAGCAAGGUACACAAUACCAACGACUUUGUGACUCUGAGGACUCCAGAAGGAUUGCCAGAUGCCCCUCGAAAUCUCCAGCUAUCACUCCACAAGGAAAUAGAAGGUGUGAUUGUAGGCCACUGGACUCCUCCCCUCCACUCCCAUGGCCUCAUUCGAGAGUACAUUGUAGAAUACAGCAGGAGUGGUUCCAGGAUAUGGGCCUCCCAGAGGGCUGCUAGUAACUUUACAGAAAUAAAGAACUUAUUGGUCAGCGCUCAAUACACUGUCAGAGUGGCUGCGGUGACUAGUCGUGGAAUAGGAAACUGGAGCGAUUCUAAAUCCAUUACCACCAUAAAAGGAAAAGUGAUCCCACCACCAGAUAUCCAUAUUGACAGCUAUAGUGAAAAUUCUCUGAGUUUCACCCUGACCAUGGAUAGUGACAUCAAGGUGAAUGGCUAUGUGGUGAACCUCUUUUGGGCAUUUGACACUCACAAACAAGAGAAGAGAACUUUGAACUUCCGAGGGAGCAUAUUGUCACAUAAAGUUGGCAAUCUGACAGCUCAUACAUCAUAUGAGAUUUCUGCCUGGGCCAAGACUGACUUAGGGGAUAGUCCUUUGGCAUUUGAGCAUGUCAUGACCAAAGGAGUCCACCCACUUGCUCCUAGCCUCAAAGCCAAGGCCAUUAAUCAGACUGCAGUGGAAUGUACCUGGACUGGCCCCAAGAAUGUGGUUUAUGGUAUCUUCUAUGCUACGUCCUUUCUUGACCUCUAUCACAACCCAAAGAGCUUGAUGACUUCACUCCACAACAAAACAGUCAUUGUCAGUAGGGAUGAGCAGUAUUUGUUUCUGGUUCGUGUGGUAGUACCUUACCAAGGGCCAUCCUCCGACUACGUGGUGGUGCGGAUGAUCCCGGACAGCAGGCUCCCACCCCGGCACCUGCAUGCAGUUCACACAGGCAAAACCUCAGCUGUCAUCAAGUGGGAAUCCCCCUAUGAUUCUCCUGACGAGGACUUAUUAUAUGCAAUUGCAGUUAAAGAUCUAAUAAGAAAGAGCGACAGAAGCUACAAAGUAAAAUCCUGCAACAGUACUGUGGAAUACACUCUGAACAAGUUGGAGCCUGGAGGGAAAUACCAUGUCAUUGUUCAACUGGGGAACAUGAGUAAGGAUUCCAGUAUAAAAAUUACCACAGUUUCGUUAUCAGCACCCGAUGCCUUAAAAAUCAUAACAGAAAAUGACCAUGUUCUUCUGUUUUGGAAAAGUCUAGCUUUGAAGGAAAAGUAUUUUAAUGAAAGCAGGGGCUAUGAGAUACAUAUGCUUGAUAUUGCCAUGAAUAUUACGGCUUACCUUGGGAAUACUACUGACAAUUUCUUUAAAAUUUCCAACCUGAAAUUGGGUCAUAAUUAUACUUUCACUGUCCAAGCAAGAUGCCUUUUUGGCAGCCAGAUUUGUGGGGAGCCUGCUGUCCUGCUAUAUGAUGACUUAGGAUCUGGUGGAGAUGCGUCAGCGCUUCAGGCUGCCAGAUCUACUGAUGUUGCUGCUGUUGUGGUGCCCAUCUUAUUCCUGAUACUGCUGAGCCUAGGGGUUGGGUUUGCCAUCCUGUACACAAAACAUCGGAGGCUGCAGAGCAGCUUCACCGCCUUUGCCAAUAGCCACUACAGCUCCAGGCUGGGCUCAGCCAUCUUCUCCUCAGGGGACGACCUGGGAGAGGACGAUGAAGAUGCUCCGAUGAUAACUGGAUUUUCAGAUGACGUUCCCAUGGUGAUAGCCUGAAAGAGCUUUCCUCACUAGAAACCAAAUGGUGUAAAUAUUUUAUUUGAUAAAGAUAGUUGAUGGUUUAUUUUAAAAAAUGCACUUUGAGUUGCAAUGUUAUUUUUAUAUGGGCCAAAACAAACAAACAAACAAACAAAAAACAAAAAAACAAAAAAAAGGAAUGAAUAAACUUUGUAGUAAUCAACUGUGAACUUCAAACCAGGUUGAUUUUAGUAACCAAAUUGCUUUGACUUGAUAUUAAUGUAGUCUUACAGGGCUGUGCUUGCUGGGCAUGCUUUUACAUUUGUAAGAUAAUUUUGAUUCAAGAAAUUGGCCAUUCUUUUUAUUUUUCUAAGACACAGAAAUGUAGUUAAUAAAAACUUCAAGAGAGAGUGAUGGGGGGAAUCCUUCCUCCUUGAAAGUAUGCUCAAAUUUUAAAUUUUGUUUGGGUUUAGUUUAUAUGAAAGUGUUUGGGUGUAUUAUGGGGGAAAGUUCUUUCACGUUAUUUUGUUAAUUUAUUGAGACUCUGUGUAAGGCAAGGCUUUAGUGGCCACCUGACACCAUACAUGUUAUGAGUCCCUCGCCCAUAGGGUUUUGGGGUAAGAAACAGGAGCAGUUUUAUUAACUUGUGUAUUUGGCAGGAAAGCAUGUUGAGUCAUUGCUCCAUUUCAGUUAAACAAAGCUGCAGCUUGGGAAGCCUUGCAAGCAACAGCUUCCUCUUUAUUAUUAAUUAAUGGAAUCUUACAUAUACACCUCUGUACGAGAUGUGGCCUUCAAAGCUACAAAAUAGUACCACUUUUUUUAUUAUACACUGGUGUCAUUGUCAUUGCAAAAAAUUACUCUGGGUGUGAGAGAGAGUUCUAGAUCUGUGCCAUGAUAGAUACACUGGCAAAUAUAGAACCAUUUUUGAUUUUUUUUUAAUUUAUUUUAUUUUUUUUUAUUUUUUACUUAUCACUGAAGAAUCUCAAAUGUAAAGUUUUGUAUUUGUGUUGGGGUACCACUUAUUGUCCUUAAAAAUCCAUACUGAUAUAUGCAGUCAUUUUGCAUUGGGUCAGUGCCUUCUCUUUUUUUCUUUCCUUCCACUUCCCUUGCCCAUACUCCUACCCCAUUUAAAGAGAAAGUGCUAUUUACUCUUACAGCGAUACUGGAGGUCUACGAAUUUGAAACCAUUCAAUCCGAUUCAUAGUAGCAGUGAUCCUAGAAUUUAUUCUCUCUGUAAAAUAAACUGGGAGUUUUUUCCUUUCUUUAAAUGCCAUUCCUGUAUUCAUAUCAUGCCCCAUGAUAGGUAUGUGGAAUCCAUUGUGCACUGAUUCGCACCCUUUAGACUUACUGAUGUAAGCACCAAGCUCUAGCAUUGUUGUGACCCUUACUGUAUGAACUUCACUGCAGAACUUCUUCCCAGCCAAGAAGCAGUGAGCUCUGGAGAUGUUCCACAGUCACACUUUCGAAUAUGUGUCCUUUACACACCAGCUUUCUAAAAACUCCAUCUCUUCUUAGAUGCAAUGCAUCUCUUUCUCACAAGUAUUUGCUUUCUUUUAACCAAAAGAAUCACUCUUGGGUAAUAAUAUAGUUUCCUUCUACCUAGGAAUUGUUUGGAAAACAAAGAAAUAAUUACAUAUUUUAGUUUAAAAAAUAUAUAUUUUUUGGAUGAGGGGUAUUUUAAAUUGUAGACAUUUAAUAUGUCAUGUAGGUAAGGUUUCAUUUUAUUUCAACAAGUAGUAGUGAUAAUGAGCCUUCUUCCAGCAUAUUUUCUCUUCUGUUACUCUCUUUUGUUAUUUUUUUAAAGACUGGAAUUUCUUCGGCUUUAUUUUAUCUUACCUUGGAGUUUUGUUGAAAACUCCAUGCCCUACCACUUCCCCUUUAGUAAGCUUUUUAAGUAGCUGAAAGAGUAACAGUCUGGUGGGAGGGAAGUCAUCUAACUGAACCACUAGAAAGUAUAUAUAUUUUUAUUUUUCUGCCAACUUUUUGGUGGCAUUGGUAAAAGCUGAUAUCAAAGGCUCUGAGACUUUAUUUUCAGUUAUUCCAGAGACAAACCUUUUUACAGAACAUAUGUCUCCAGUUAGCAACUUAAGAUAUUUGUGAGCAUCCAAUUCUAGUUACCAGUGCCUCCCAAUGCUUAGUACACAGUACUGUAUAGAACAGCCAUCACCCCUUUCUUUGGAAAAUGCCACUGUGCUGUUUGAGAAAAUGCAGACUUUUAGGUCUAGAGUAUUUUAUAUAAACAGAAGAGCUAAGUUCCUGAAAACUAAGCUAGAUAGAGGCAGCUAUGUGUAAAUUGUAUAUUUUUAUGUACUUUUGAAGCACGCACUCUUAUUUCCCUCUGCAUAGCUUUGUGGUUUUUCGAUGUAUAUGUGCUGUCUGUAAAAAUCCAGAGGUUGGAGUGACAGUAGGAAGUAAAAACAAAAACUAUGUGCAGCCUUCGAGAGUGAUCAGAUAAUUGUCUUCACUGUGACCAGCUGGAGCCCCUGGUUGUUUGUGAAGAAGGGACUUUUGUACCUCAUUGAAGACACCACCUCAAAAGUUCACACUGUACAAGGAAAAGGUUUUAUUUUCCCCCAAGGCACAUUAGAAUGAGCAUUGGAAGUGGACCACGAUGGACAUACCACUAAAAUUUGGCAGGCAGGGGAAUUGAGUACAAAUUUCCUUUGGAAGUUGAUUUUGCCCCUUUAUGUACUGAAUGAUUUUGAGCCUUAUGAGACGUGGGUUUGUGCAGAUAAAAUGACAGUGUAGGGUUCUGCAGAAGAUUCCAGGGAGAAGCCAUAUCUAUUUUCAUACUGAUGAGUAGCUCCAGUAACUACUGGUUAUCCUGGCAAGUUGGGGAGAUAUUUACAAUUCUGGGUAGCUGAUUGAAACUUUUUACUUUGGGAAAAGGAUUCCUGUCAUUCCAUCUUGGGUAGUAUCACAAGGGGUAUUUGAGUGGGACAGAUGUAAGACACACAGCUGCAUGUUCUCUCCUGCCUAUCAUGUGUGGUCCAUUAGAUUAAACUUCCGCAUUUUAAGGAAUGUAACCCUUCUCAAACCAGUGGCCAUUUUGGGAGGAAAGUGGGGAGAGUGGUGGUGUUGUGAGGCCCUUACAGAUGAUCACCCACUCCUCCGUGGAGACUCCUGCCUUUGAGUAGCCACCUAGCAGCUGAUCAUCUAGUGAGAUUAUAAUCUCAGUACUUCCCUAAGGGCAGAAACCCCAUCCUGUCAGGUUUUGUUGAUCACUUUCCCGCCAAGAGGGUCAUGGUGAAUUCCUGGAAAGGAUGUUCUCUUCCUUCAGCAGAGGGUUAGGAGGUCGCUAAAGAAGGGUUCUAGGGCUCUAAGCAAACUGAAUACCACCUCCAUAUUGAUUUUAGGAAUUGACUCAAAAAAAAAAGAAGAAUCUUCACUUGUGUUGGGAUUGUAUCUUGACCUUCCUAUUAUGUUAUUUUUCUUAACAGGUGUGUGUGCUGCCUUUCAGGUACAAUUUUUGUGUAAUAAAAGCCAGUGCAUUAAGUUUAUAUAGACUUCUUUCUAUGCAAGACUGAAAUAUGGAAUAGAUAGCAAGAGAUAUAUGUACUGAUGGGUACAUGGUCAAUAAACAUGUUUUCGAAGGGGUAUCAACACUGAAUGUGGAUUGAGGGAGGAUAGUUUGUAUAUAUGUUUCUGCUCACUAAUUCUGAGCAGCCAUAUUAUGAAUUAAAUCAUCAGAGCCAAAUAACUCAAGAAUGGUAUUAGUUUGAUGUGUAUUAGUUCAAAUAGAAUAUGUAUGAAUGCUGAACUGGGACAUUAUUCUCAGAUAGUCCAUGUGAUUUUUCAUUUAAAGACUCUUGUUAUGAAUUAUUAGAAACUUUAGGCAAAAAUCAAAAGUAUCUGCUACAAAAUAAAGGCCUGCUCUGCUCUUAUUUAAAGUGAGACACUGUAUACUUAUUUCUCUCCAAAGUGAAAGUAGGUAUUUAUGAUUUCAAUUGCCUUGGUUUCCAAAUCACUGAUUAUGCUGAAGAUUUUACUAUAUUGUUGCACAAUUUUAAGAUAAUUUUUGUCACAAUGUCAACUUUUUCACUGAAUAAAAAUUUAACUGGGUCAUGAAAACACCUAUUUGAAAAUUC